CAAAGGUUAAAAAUCAGAAAUUUAAGGUGUUGAGUGAAGCGGGGAUCGGUCGCUAUACGCUUUGAUUUGUCAUUUGUUUUUUUAACUCACCAUCAGAUCCGACCUUCUCUCGCCGGGGAAGAUAAAGCCCGUCCCCCAUGGCAAGCGACAGCGACCUCGACGAAGACGAGCUCCUCCAGAUGGCUCUUAAGGAGCAGUCGGAACGGGAUAUUAACUACCACAAACAGUCGAAACCUUCAAAACCCGUCGUUAAUCUUGUCCAGGUUCCGCCCCCUCCCCCUUUCACGCGUACCAACAAUUCGAACCCCAUGCCUAACGCUAGAUCGAGAUCCAGCUCCAAGGGACAUCUAAGGGACUCCAGGGGCGGUGCAGACGACGAUGAUGACUCGGAGGUCGAACUGUUGAGUAUCUCAUCGGGUGAUGAGGGGUCGUCUAGGGACUUGGGGGUUACACAGAAGGCGCGGCCGCAGAGGGGUUCAAUUGAUGACGAUCACGCGGAUGUUGGCGGUGAGCCUGGGAGCUGGAAACGGGUCGAUGAGUCAGAGCUUGCUCGUAGAGUUCGUGAAUUGCGUGAGACUAGAUCUACUCCUCAAACUAUUGAUGCGAAGCCAUCAGGACGAAAGGGUAUUGCCAACUUACAGUCUCUGCCUCAUGGUGUGGAAUUUCUAGAUCCACUAGGUUUAGGGGUAAUAGAUAACAAGUCUCUUAGGCUGAUUACAGAUGGUCUUGAAGUAAAAACUGAGCCAGUGGACCCUACUGAUCGAGAAAAGGUUAUGUAUACUUCUCCAAAUUUUCAUCCCAAAGUUUUCCUUACACGAGUCCACCAAGAGACUAGUGCUGCUGAUUUAGAAUCUGGUGCUCUUACAUUGAAAAGUCAUCUUAAAGGAUGGACUCAACAAAAAAAGCAACUUGUUAAAGAGAACUUUGAUUGCUUUGUAUCGUGCAAAACGACUAUCGAUGAUAUUGAGUCUAAGUUAAGGCAAAUUGAGGAGGAUCCUGAAGGUUCUGGUACAAUUCAUUUGCAUGAAUCUACUCAUAGAAUCAGUGAAUUGGCAAAUCUUGCUUUCCAGCCUUUAUUUGAGAGACAGGUGCAAGCUGAGAAAAUUAGAUCUGUACAAGGCAUGUUGCAGAGAUUCCGUACAUUAUUCAAUCUGCCAAGCAUAAUUCGGGGAAGCAUAAGCAAGGGUGAAUAUGAUUUAGCUGUUCGGGAAUAUAGAAAAGCAAAAUCAAUUGUUCUUCCUUCUCAUGUGGGCAUUCUAAAACGGGUCUUGGAAGAAGUGGAGAAAGUAAUGCGCGAGUUUAAGUGCAUGCUUUAUAAGUCAAUGGAAGAUCCACAGCUUGAUCUACCUGAGCUGGAAAAUACAGUGCGUUUAUUACUAGAGUUAGAACCUGAUUCAGAUCCAGUGUGGCAUUAUCUGAACAUUCAGAAUCAUAGGGUGCGGGGAUUAUUUGAAAAGUGCACCAUUGAUUAUGAAGCUCAGAUGGAACUCUUGCAUAAUGAGAUUCAAGAGAGAGCGCAAGCUGAUGCAAGAUGGAGGCAGAUUCAACAGGAAUCAAACAAGUCUUUAGGUGUUGAUUCCUCUGAAUGGGACUCUCUAGCAAUAGACUCGCAACAGCUGUAUAUGACUGGUGAAGAAGUUGAUGCGUUAAGAGGAAGGUAUAUUACCAGAUUAACUGCUGUACUCAUCCAUCAUAUUCCAGCAUUCUGGAGGCUAGCUUUGUCCGUGUUCAGUGGAAAGUUUGCGAAGGGCACUGCAGGCAAUGUUCACCUGGAUUCUGAUGUAAAUUCCAAACAUUCACAAACUAGGAGUGAUGACAAAGCCACUGAUGUGAAAUUUUCAAGUCAUUCUCUUGAGGAAGUUACCACUAUGGUUCAUGAUACCAUAAAUGCUUUUGAGGUCAAGGUCCACAACACGUUUCGUGAAUUUGAAGAAUCAAAUAUUCUUAGACCAUAUAUGAGUAAUGCUAUCAAAGAAAUUGCCAAAGCUUGCCAGGCUCUUGAAGGAAAAGAGAUUUCCCCCUCGAUUGCUGUUAAAACUUUGAGAGCCCUUCAUUUCGAAAUUACUAAGGUUCAUGUGUAUAGACUCUGCUCAUGGAUGCGAGUGGCAGGCGAGGAGAUAGCGAAGGAAGAAAUGUGGAUACCAUUAUCCACUCUGGAGAGGAACAAAUCUCCAUAUGCCAUUUCAUAUCUGCCUAUAGCAUUCCGAGAAAUGUUAAAUUCAGCUAUGGAUCGAAUACAGGCCAUGAUUCAUAAUUUAACAGCAGAGGCGACGAAGUCGGAUGACAUGUUGGAACAUAUUCAAGAAAUUCAAGAUUCAGUUAGAAUUGGGUUCUUGAACUGUUUCCUAGACUUUGCUGGUUAUCUUGAAAGAAUUGGAAUUGAGGUAUCUCAAGCGAAAUCAAAUAAAGAAGAUGGCCAUUUCCAGAAUGGUUUUUUAUAUGGAUAUGGUGGAGAAUUACGUGGGGUUCAUUCCGGGGGCGCUGUUGUUGAUUCUCACAAAAGGUUGUUAAUAGUUCUAAGUAACAUUGGGUAUUGCAAAGAUGAACUUGCUCGUGGGUUGUAUACAAAAUACAUGCACAUAUGGUCGACAUACAGGGAAAGAAGUGAACAAAAUACUGAUGUUCGUGAUCUAGUUUCAUCAUUUUCUGCACUUGAGGAGAAAGUACUAGAAAAUUACACAUAUGCAAAGUCGAAUUUAAUAAGAACCGCCGCAGCUUUGAACUAUCUCUUGGAUUCUGGAAUUCAAUGGGGAUCUGCGCCUUUGGUUAAGGGUAUUCGGGAUGCUACCAUCGAGUUAAUACACAGUUUAGUUGCUGUGCAUGCAGAGGUUUUUUCCAGUGCCAGGCCUUUGCUUGAGAAAACAAUGGGUAUUCUGGUGGAAGGCUUGAUCGACACAUUUCUUAGCCUUUCUCAUGAAAACAAGACCACGCAGAAGGCCAAGUACCUCAAGUCUUUGGACGUGAAUGGUUUCUGCCAACUUAUGCUUGAGCUCGAGUAUAUCGAAACUGUUCUUCACUCGUAUUUCUCACCCGCGGCCCUUGAAUCCUUAAAAUCCUUGCAAGGACUCUUAUUGGAGAAAACCUGCGAGGGAGCAUCUGAAUCCGUCGAGAAUCCAGGCCAUCACCGACGUUCCACUAAAGGUAGUGAAGAUGCAAUAACAGAUGACAGGCAACUGGGAUCCAAUAUUUCUCCGGACGACUUGAUCGCUUUAGCACAACAAUAUAGCACGGAAUUGCUGGAAGGUGAGCUGGAGAGGACUCGUCUCAACAUAUCAUGCUUCAUGGAGGCCUCCCUCCGGCCAAAUUCUCUUCCGGCGGCUCAAAAACCUUCUUAUUCUUCGUUCCAUAAGCCGGUUUCUUCGCCACAAUACAGGAGACAACAGACUGUAAACUCUCCAAGUUUCUCCAGACACAGACGGAGAUAACUGUAUAUAUUCAUCCCACCACUGUCAUUGCUACUAGCUAAUUUAUUUGUUUUGUUUGCAAAUCUUGCAUCUUUUGUGUAAUAUAUUUUUCAUGUUUGUAAUCAUUGGUAGGGAAGAGUAAUUUUUUCUUAUGGAUAUUUAAUAAUGAGUUUCAUUUGAUUU